AUAAGAAUCAAUAGAAUACAUAUUAUAUUUAAUAAAUGCGUUUUAUUACUAUUACAUUACUUACUACGGUCUGGUAAAGCUAGAAUAUAACAUUACCUACAACUCUCACGUUCUGCCAACAAAUAAGUGUCUAACUUAGUGUGUGUUAAAAAAUAAUAACUGUGAGUACUUAUCGAGGACUAGUAUGUCGAACAGAGAUACCGCUUUGCAGAACUUCAUCUUAUUCGACGAAGAAACAGUGUCCGUAGACGCAUCGAAUCCGGUGAGUCCGAUUCAACUAGAGCCGACGUCUGCAAUUAUUGCUAUUGGAUAUGUUCCCAAUUACGCUACAAGGUUCGCUGUAAAUUUAACAUGUCGCGCAACUGGAAAUAUUGCAUUUCAUUUAAAUCCGCGGUUAGACAGAGGAUAUAUCGUGAGGAAUUCAAAAAUAAAAGGCUAUUGGAAUGAAGAAGAAACAUGUUCGCCAUUUACUUCAUGUAGCGGUUUAUUACAGCGGAAUUCAUAUUUUCAUUUGGUCAUUUUUUGUUCUUACAAGGAAUUUUAUGUUUCUAUAAAUGGCGAACAUUUUUGUACAUUUACAUACCGGUUGCCAUUAGAAUCAAUAACAGACUUCGAGUAUGACGGUGACGUGGAAGAUAUCCGGAUUCGUGUGAAAAGACUUUACAUAUAUCCUGACCCGAAGAUUAUUAAAUCAACACUUAUGCUUGAAUUGACGGACCAAGGACCUCUUACUAAACCAAAAGUACCCUCGACAAUAUUUAUCCAAGACUUUAACCACGGGACGCGAAUAUUCAUAAAAGGUCGUCUGAAACUUCUACCUCAAUCGUUUUAUGUUAAUCUCCAGUCUAGUCCAUUGAUGUACCCGCACCCAGAUAUUGCUUUACACUUAAAUCCGCGUUUUUACCAUGGAAACCGUUCACCGUUCGUUGUGAUGAAUUGUUGGAAAGCUGGUUCUUGGGGUCACGAGGAACGACACGAAGGACAUUUAUCCUGGGCGCCUGGUAGAGAAUUUCUUCUAACAAUCCGCUGUGAGUAUGAUGGCUACAUAAUCUGGCUGAACAAUAAAAUAAUCGGAGAAUUCAAGCACCGAGUAGAUCCCACGAUCGUCGACACCCUGCUAAUAACCGGUGACAUAGUUCUCUACGAGCUGGCAUUAAAAAAUCUGGAAGAAGCCUGCGAAUAGUCUUAGCCAAGACUAAGACAAUCCAUCAUCACGAGACUUAAUUUUUAGUAUAAUAUAAUAUUAUAUAAUAUAACAACAUUAAAUAUAAAAGGAAGAAAAAUGAGCUAUAACAAAGUUGCAAAUCAAAAAAUAAGUGAAAGUAAAAAAGAAGACAA